AUGACCGUAUCUGCCACUCGUCCGACGAGCUCCCCAAACUCCUACCGUGGGUUGAGAUGGGUCGAGGGAAGCUUUGGCCCUGAAGCCCAAUGGACCUAUGAGCCUGAAGUUAGCGCCAUAGAACGAACCAUUCAAUCGCUCCGCCCGUCAAAAACAACCCAAAUGAGGUUCCUCGCUGGGGGUGCCUUCAGCAAGAUUUACCAUAUCCAGCUCGAUGGCGAAAGGCUCAUCAUGCGCGUUUCUCUUCCUGUCAGCCCCGUACAUAAGACCAGAAGCGAAGUGGCUACAGUGGAUUGGAUUCGUCGAGUGACAGACAUUCCUACGCCCCGGAUCAUGUCUCACGACGCGACUCGCGAAAGCGAGAUUGGAUUCGAAUGGAUUCUUAUGACGGAAGUGCCUGGGAAGCCUCUCACCGAGUCAUGGCAAAGUAUGCCCAUGGUGGUAAAGUCGAAUUUGAUCAAGAAAUUCGCAGGCUUCUCUGCCUCCUUGUGGAGAAGUCGGUUAAAGGGAAUUGGGAACAUUUACCCACCGCCAGUAACAGUUGACUCAAGAACUUCUGCUACAAAACCCACAGCGAGUGACAGCCUGCUGAACGCCAUCCCAGAGAUAGGACAGAUUGUCUCUCUUGGAUUCCUUUGGGGAUCUCACGCCCGUCAAGAUGUGAACCGGGGUCCAUUUUCCUCCAGUCGAGACUGGGUGGAGGCUCGGCUUUUCUUAGCCAAGAAUGACUGCCAGGAAAUGCUGGCAAAGUUUCUCACUCGUGGUGACCUUGACAGCGAUGCUGAGGAUGGCAUCAAACAUACUACGGAGACGCUAGCGCUCAUCGAAAAACUGGAAAACAUUCUCCCGCGUCUUUUCCCCAGGGAGGAAGACGUCCCAGAGCCAAGCAUGAUCUUUCAUGAUGACCUCUCACGGCGUAAUAUCUUGGUGGACGAGAAAGGCGAGUUGAUGGGUGUGAUUAACUGGGAGUGCGUUUCGACACUACCAUUAUGGAAGGCCUGUUAUUUUCCUGCAUUUUUGCAUGGGCGUCCUCGAGAUAUCAAGCCCGAUAUUGAAAGUUACGAAAGAGGGAAUCCGCCUCCUGAUACGGCAUACUGGGAGCAUUUGCAUGAAUAUGAGGCAACCUUGCUAAGAAGCGUUUUCUUGGACGAGAUGAGAAGGUUGGAACCGAGAUGGGUGAAAAUCUUUGAUACGAGCCACCUUCGUCGAGACUUUGAUACUGCUGUGCAAUAUGUUGACAUUGGGAUUGUCCGCCCCAGAAUUGAGCAGUGGGUUGACAACGUCACUGCUGGUGAAACCCCCCAGAGCCUACGGGAUAGCAUAGGGUGUUAA